AUGGCGGCGUUCUCCGUCAGGUUUGGGCCACUGGCGGGCAACGUACAGCCCCGAAAUCAUGCUGCUGCGACUGCGGGUUCAGUUCACAAGCCUGGCAUGGCGGUAAACCGGUUGACGUGCGCGCUAGUGAGCAUGAUGUUCAUCUCGCUCAUCGAUGUGGUCACCAUGCCCGGGUGCUUCUUCCUCUACACCGGGGUGGCCGCGGCCGCCUGCGCGUUCGUGUACGCCCGGAUGCCGGAGACGAGGGGUUGGAACCUCAAGGACAUGGACGAGCUCUUCGCCAACUUCAUCUCUCUUGUUCUCAAUGGAGGAGCAAACCUAGUUCUCAUAGUGGGUGCAGGCCCAGCUGGCCUUGCGACAGCAGCAUGCCUCACCAAGCUCUCUAUCCCUCAUGUCAUCGUUGAGCAUGAGGACUGCAGUGCCUCCUUGUGGCGAAACCGCGCCUACGACCGCCUCAAGCUACACCUCGCAAAGGAGUUUUGCGAGCUGCCCCACAUGUUCAAAUCUGGCGCCACCUACUCAAGGAAGAAUGCACUGGUGGUUGGAUGUGGCAACUCUGGAAUGGAAAUCGCCUACGAUCUUGCAUCCCAUGGUGCCAAUACAUCCAUUGUUGUUCGUAGCCCGGUACAUGUAAUGACAAAAGAAAUAAUACGGUUGGGCAUGACAUUGGUCCAACAUAUCCCGGUGAAUGUUGUGGAUGACCUUCUUGUAAGGUUGGCAAAUUUAGUGUUUGGUGACCUAUCAAGGCAUGGAAUUGUGAGACCAAAAAUAGGUCCUCUCCAACUCAAGGCAGAAACUGGUCGAUCUGCUGUGAUUGAUGUUGGGACUGUGGGUUUAAUCAAGAAAGGGAUUAUCAAAGUGCUUGGAAAUAUUUCCAAAAUCAAGGGCAACGUAGUCGAAUUUGAAAGUGGGAAAGAAAGCGCUUUUGAUGUCAUUGUGUUUGCUACUGGAUAUAAAAGCACGGCAAAUACAUGGCUCAAGAAUGGUGAAAGCAUGUUGAAUAAUGCUGGAUUGCCAAAGAAAGAAUUUCCAAAUCAUUGGAAGGGUGCAAAUGGUCUCUACUGUGCUGGUUUGGCGAGGAGAGGCCUGGCUGGUAUUGCCAUUGAUGCCAAGAAUAUUGCAAAUGACAUUUCGUCUAGCUACCAUGCGUGA